UUGACCGUCUCCCAGAUUAAAUAUAAUCCCGCUCUAACCUGCCCUGCAGCAGAAUCAAACCUGCUGUAAGCAGAGGGGAGUGGCUGGUUGACAGUUAAAAUGUGGGUGUUUGUUUUUCCUUUUCAUUCUGCAUUUUCAAGAAGAACCACAGGCAGCCGAUCAGCUCCACAUUCAAUUCAACAAAAGCUCCAAACGAAAGAUGAGUGGAAACAGCAACACUGAACCCGAUGAAGGAAGAGGAGGAAGUUGGUUUCCUGCUCUUUGUAUGGCUGCUGCUGCAGGAGUUGUUGGUCUUUUGUGGCAGAAUCGUGAAACCAAAAAAAAGAUUGAAGAGAUGGAAGUAAAGCUCAGGAGAAACAGUCUCUCCAUUCACCGCAGUCAGAUUAUUCCAUUUAUUGAAUUUUAUUCUACGUUUUCAAGUUCCCCAGAAGAGAAAAGAAACGUUGUACGCAACGGUUAUGCAAGCAGAGGAGCACAGUUCCUUUUAUCAGAGCUGGAUGACUUGGAGGAUCUGCUGGUGGAAAGGCAGCAUCUCUACUGCAGAUACUUCACAACGAAGCCUCACCUGGAGCGGAUGGAGAAGAAGAUACAGGAGAACGCCAAUGUUUUGGUUUGGUACAAUUUAAUAAAAAAAGAGGAGUUGGAUAAAAUCUUCCGUGAAGAUCAUCACUGUGCUUCCUGUGUCUCGUACCUGUGGACUGGAGACAAAAGAAAAAAUGGAAAACUGAUGUGGGAGAUGCUGGAAGGCUGGAGGAAGGCGGCGACGGGAAAUAUCAAAGACAAGACCUUUAAAAAGGUUUUCGAGGACAAAGAAAAUUUCCGGUCCACUUUUCAGCGCUGAUUAAAUUUGGUCAUGAGCAAAAUUUACUCAGCAGGGGGUUUCAGGAAACCUGAAACCAAUGUUAACGAAUGUUUUUAUUAUUUAAUGGGGGUUAAUGUUCAAUUCUGCUUGGUAUCAUAAGAGUGGCUUCAGAGGGACAAAAUUAUACAAACAUUUUCAAUCAAGAAAAUUAUAGACAUCAUCUUCAUGAUACUGUCUUGGGAAAACAGUGUCUUCAAUCAGAGGCUUCUUCAAAUUUGCUGUAAUACUGACUGCUGCAGGAGAUCUGUCCUGCCCACAGCCAUCACCAACUACAAUAACUCUUUGAAGA